UAACAAAAUGUUAAAAUAAUGAUAUCUAAAUUAAAAUAAAAAGUCUCAUUUUUUAAAAUUAUUGUUGUAUGGUGGAAAAUGUUUAUAAAUAUGUUUAAGAAAAAGCCAGCUAUAAGAAACUCUUCUGAAUCGUCGCACACGAGUAACUUGAGUGAUGGGGUAUCGGGUGAUCAUCAAGUGAUAGGAAAGCCUCGAGAAGCGGUCGUCCAGGACGAUGCGUCACUAUGGGAUUGCAGAGAUCGAAUUUUGUUGAGUGUACGAAAGAUAAAGACCAAAGAUCAGGUCGAGAAAGAGAUCGAUAAAGAUAAAUCGAAUACGCGACUUGAAGAAGCACCUAUAAUUGUCGAGGAAUUUCAGUCUGACAUCACAUCAACUAACCUAAAGGUUAGUGUUUCGAGUCAGACAAGUGAUCAGUUAAUGGGCACGGUGGUUACGUUUAAAUCGAUGGCUGAUAAGAGCCAACAGAUGAGCAGCGAAAGCUGCGUAAAACGUGUUGAAAAAAAUACGAUACUUUUGCCUGUGAUUGAACCAAAUAUUAUUGAAUCGGACGAAAGUUAUACGUCAACGGAAGAAUACAGCACAAAUAGCUCUAUAGUGCACAAGUCGUGUCAAUUGCAAACGAGUACAAAAUUUCCAAAACACUUGAAUUGGAUACUCUCACCAUCAUAUUGUAGUAACAGCACGUGCCACUGGUAUCCGUGUGACGAGAACAUAGUGCCUGUACACAAAAUCGCGUUCGCCGUGAUGGUGCUUACCAGUCUAGUACUCAAGACUCGACAGUGGUUAGAAAGAUGCUUGCAAUACACCAAUCAUCAAGUUGUCACACAAAGAUCCGAAACCCAAUUUAGUAUUUUAAAGGAGUUUACAAAAUUAUUCACCCCUGAAAAAUCAACAUUCGUGAAUACGCCACUUACGAUUGAGAACCUAUUACACUUGAAUUGGAUUUCAGACUGUGCGCCGCCGUUGUCGAGACGAAGUAUCUGUCGUUUUAAAAAAAUUUUGAAGUUCGUGCGUCAAAUUGCCGUAGAGCGAAGAAAAUGAAAGUAGAAGUGAUGACAAUGAUGACUGCGGUGGGCUUUCGUUGACAGAUCAAAAUUGAGAUAUUCAAAAAAAAAUAUUGCAAGAUGAUAAAGAAAAAAUUAGUUUAAAAACGUUUUAAUUAUUUUUACUAUAGUACCUAUAAUAAUAAAACGAACAACACAGAA